UCACUGUACGCAUUGAAAGCGCUUUUCAUAUUAAAGGAGACGCGCAUUGGCUCGCAGUCGCGUCAAUAUCUCUGCGCGACUUCUGUAGGCUGGCAGGCUUCCUUCAGUAUUAUAUGUAGGGGAGCAGGGUAAAAGUACUACUACUACUACUAAUAAUAAAAAAUGUUGCCGAUUCACAACAAGACCAGGACGGACUGAAUGGAGGAGGCGCUGUCAGCGAGGGGAGAUAAUAAAUCAGUCUACUGUCAACCCUGACACUCACCGAGCGGCUUGCUGAGUUCUCCGUAGACGUCCAGCCCUCGGCCUCCCCAUGCCUCCAUCUCCCCUCGACGACAGAAUUGUGGUGGCGCUGCCAAGGCCGAUCCGACCUCAGGAACUCCAACUGCGCCUGGACACCAGCUACCUGGACUCCAUCACCACCAGCAGCAGCAGCGACACAGUCAUCAGCACCACCGUGGUGAAGAUCCGGGCGACGGCCAAUCUUGUGACGUAUAUGCCCUCAUCCAAGGGCUCCACGCGCUCGUUGUCGUGUGGAUGCAGCAGUGCCAGCUGCUGUUCUGUGACUACCUAUGAGAAGGACAGCCAGAGCCUAAGCCACAGCCAGGUGAGCGCCAGCAGCCCCAACCUCAGCUAUGCCGGGCCGCCCGCCUCCAUGGUCAGCAAGCAUGAAGUGCUCAGCACGCCCAGCCUGACCCAGGGCCAGCUGAAGCCCUCAGCCACCCUGAGGGUCAUCCACCCCAAUGAGCUGGCCAAGCGGAUGACCUGCUGCCCCAUGGGGCACCCUGUCGGCCCCGUCCCCGUCAUCAUCGACUGCCGACCCUUCUUGGAGUACAACAAGAGCCACAUCCGCGGGGCGGUGCACAUCAACUGCUCCGACAAGAUCAGCCGGCGCCGGCUGCAGCAGGGCAAGAUCACUGUGCUGGACCUCAUCUCCUGCCGCGAGGGGAAGGACCCCUUUAAGGGCAUUUUUUCCAAAGAGAUUGUGGUUUACGACGAGAGUACCACAGACCCCAACAGGCUGACGUCUGCGCAGCCUCUGCACGUGGUCCUGGAAUCGCUGAGGAGGGAGGGCAAGGAUCCCAUUGUACUCAAAGGAGGCCUUAGCUGCUUCAGGCAGAGCCACGAAAACCUGUGCGAGCACUCGCUCCACCUCCACGAGGGCUUGGACACGGGCGCGUCCGCCGGCCUGACGGGGCCUCUACCUCACUCUCUGCCCUCCACCCCGGACAUCGAGAACGCAGAGCUGACCCCCAUCCUGCCCUUCCUCUACCUUGGGAACGAGCAGGACGCUCAGGACCUCCACCUGCUGCAGCGCACGAACAUCGGCUACAUCCUCAACGUCACCACCCACCUGCCUCUUUACCACUAUGACACCGGCCUGUUCAACUACAAGCGCCUGCCCGCCACCGACAGCAACAAGCAGAACCUGCGGCAGUACUUCGAGGAGGCGUUUGAAUUCAUCGAGGAAGCACAUCAAGCAGGUAUGGGCCUCCUGAUCCACUGCCAGGCGGGCGUGUCGCGAUCCGCCACCAUCGUGAUCGCCUACCUGAUGAAGCACAGCUGGAUGACCAUGACCGACGCCUACAAGUUCGUCAAAAGCAAGAGGCCCAUCAUCUCCCCGAACCUCAACUUCAUGGGCCAGCUGCUGGAGUUUGAGGAGGACCUCAACAACGGAGUAACGCCACGGAUCCUCACGCCGAAGCUGAUCGGCGUGGAAACGGUCGUCUAGACGAGCCGCUCGACCCAACGGUCUUUGCCGUGACUCACGCUGCUGUAUGAACUGGUUAGGGUGAACGAGUGAUUUGGUAUAUAUUUUUUUAAAAAUCUCCUUGGCUUCAUCUUGGAGUCUCUUGAGGUCAUGACCUCUUGGUUGAUGGUGAUGAGAGACGGAAAAGUCAGGAGGAGAAGGAGGAGGAGGAGGAGGCAAAUCAGGAGGGGAAGAAGGGGGAAAAUAUUCGAUUGUGCUUCGGCACAGUCACAUAUAAAAAGGGACUGAGGCACACAGUUUGCAGACUCAGGCAGGGUUGGCCACAGCAGUGCCUGUCUAUAAAUAAAUAAUAAUAAAAGAUAAAAGAUAAGGACAUGUUUGACGUGUUAAUCUUGUUGUUCUAUUUUUAUACAGGGGUUUUAAGGAGAUGACCAUGACGAGCCACCAAAGGCUCACUGUGCAAUAAUUACCGCUGAAUGCAACCUUGAUCUUAUAUGUGUAUAUAUUGGUAAUGAUCAAGAAAAAACAAUUCCAGCUCUUUGCUGAAAAACCAUCUUGAUUUUAAGUGUAACAAGUGUUCAGCUCUAUAUAUGUUUAUGGUGCAUACAGUCAUGCUGUAAGAUUUGGCGCUGAGAACCAGAGGAGGAAGGAAAAAAAAAAAGAAGAAGAUUUUACUUUAAGUGCAGCUUAUGGGAUUUUGUUUGCCGAAGCAUAACUUCAUAUCUUCUGUGCUCGCUUCAGUGUGUUGGCUUUGCCAUUCGUGCGUCCGCGUAUAUUUUUAGCAAUACGCGUACUACCAGACAGCCAUAAGAGCUCUUUUUAUGCAUGGCUGCUGGUGGAGGAGUAGAGCGAGCGCUGAAAUAAUCGGGGAAUAUUGUAAAACAGGGCUACUGCUGAUGUUUAAUGUAACACAAGAGAGGAUUUUCACUGCCUGCUUCUGUCUCCUCUGUUUGUUUUUGCUCCACUUCCUCCAUUAGCCAGCUCUGUUGCACUGUACAGCGCCGUGCACCGUCUUGUGUCCGCUCGCAUCCAAUCUUCUUGGCAAUGCCCCACGUUCCCGGCUAUUACUCAGCCAAGUUCUAUGGUAGCAACACGGAGGUGUGUACUUCGCAUAAACACAAAUGUCCUGUUACGGGGUUCUGUUUAUUGGGACAGCAGUGGUACAGCAUAGCGGCGUAACCUUGAAAUGGAGUUGUUCUGAGCUGCUUGCUGCUGUCACGUGCUGCUUCAGUGCCUCUAUCGAUGCCUUAAUCCAUCUGCAUUUGGCAAAAAAAGAAGAACAACAACAAAAGAAUGCCAUGCAAAAAAAAAAAAAAAAAAGCACUAAUAACUGACCAAACGUCACAUAAGGAAAUAAAAUUUUGGGCUUUCGUUUUUUUCGUUUUGUUUUGCAUUUUGCAAGGAUAUCACAGAGACAAACUUCCCUGAUGCUGUGGUUGAUCCUUAUUAGACAAAUGUCAUUUUGGUAAUUAUUUUCUGAUCAAACAAGACAAUGUUAAAAAGUCAAUUUGACAUUAAAUGGAAUUUGGGCGAAACACACAAACGUUUUCUAUGUUUCUCCUGUUAAAUGUUAAAUAAACAUGUGACAUACAGCCCCUUCCCCAUUUUGCUACCUCUUGUGAUGGUGUCUAGAAAAACACCCUUAUAACAAAUUCUCCUCAUGUAUUGGUAGCAAAAUCUUACACUGAAAAUGUUUCAAAACAAUCCAACAUUUAAAUUUUAGUACAUUUAUUAUGCAAGGAAGAAGAUCCAAUGUUAAGUCACGACUGGUUUUAUCAAGACCACCGCUGCAACAGUUUCUGGUACCUAACAAUUUAACAAAAUAAUGUAGGUAAAGCCUUUUUGAUGUAUACUUUUCUUUUUUUUAAGUUGAUCAAAGUGCCAAGGAACUUUUAUUUUGAACUAUGUGUAAGGUGUAUAAGUAAAUGACACAUAGGCCCAUUUGUCUUAGCGACUCAAAACUAGAAAUACAAGAGAACAUGACAUUUAAGAGAGGCAUGUGAGUUUUUGUGCCUGGAAUUUCAAACGAGGCCAUUCAGAGCAACAGUUAACACAUUUAGAAAAACCGUAGUUGUGACGAAUAAAGCUGGCCGAGGCUUAUCUUGCCACCGUACACAGUAAGGAGGAUGGUAAUGAAGGCAAAAACAAAUCUUACCUCAAAAGUUCACUUUUGAUUAACUGAUAUUAUAAUAUUUUAUUGUUAGAACAAUUCUACAAAUCUUUACAUAGAAUACCAGUAAAUUCAGAGUUUUUUUCUGGCAGUGGAAUAUGAAUACAGUAUAUUAGUAAAACACAAUGAACCAGUGGUUGUCCCUUCUGCAGCAAACUAGUCAGAAAUGUACUCUGGAAACUCCACUAUACGCCCCUCCGUCAUCUGCUUAGAUGUGACGCUGAUCUACUGUCAUUGCUUCAGACUAUGCAGCCAUGCUGGUGGAUUUAACAUGCUUUAAAUCCACAAUACAACAGCUGAUCUGUUGAAAACCAAGAUUUUAUUUUUGCUUUGUAGAGUAUUUUGCAAACAAAAUCAAUUUCCAUGCUAGGAUAAUAGCCUAACCAAAGUAUCUUUUUGUGCCCUGCAACCAAGUUCUCUGAGUUAUUGAUGUACUGAUUUUGUUAUAUCGAUUAGAGUACAUUAAAUGGGACAUCUUAUGCCAUUUUAAGCAUGUGUAUAAAACAGAGCACAAACUGUAAACACGUUUUUUAAAUUAUAUGUGUGCAUUGUUUAAAAACUGAGCAUUUAAUAUACUUGUGAUCAGUGUUGUGUGAAGCCUUUGUGUUCGGGCUCCAAAACAUGCUACUUUGAUCUAAUUGAGCUGUUAAAAAUCCUUCCAAAAAACAACGACGGCCAGUCUUUCCACUGAAGGGAAAGCCAAACAAAAUCUGUAUUUUAGAGUGAAUCCAAAGCUGAACUGAAGCAGCCUCUUCACACACACUGCCCCGACUCUGUUUAUGUUCCUCGUGCUCCUGGUCUCUGUUCAGCUGUCCAUUGCGAGGCAUAAAAUGAAGCACAGGGCUAACUAUAACUUUGUCAAGAUGCCAAAUCCAUCAUCUGUUAUGCAGUACGCCCACUGCAUCAUCCAUCUCAUCUUUCAAUAGGAAUCCAAUAGUUUAGAGAUGAUCAUCUGUUGUUUGUCGGUAGGAAGAGAGAUGAUACAAGUACGUACGCACACUGUCUGCUCAGGAUGGCUUGAAGACAGAGAUCUGCAACAACAACUUGGUUAAAGCAAAAUCCCUCCUGUGAAAAAAAUCAUGCUAUGCAAAAUGAGAUUGUCACGAGAUGUUUCCAAAAAGUCAUGAAAUUGUUUUUCUGUUGUGAGAUCUUGGAUUUUCUUUUUAGAAAGAAGGUUUAAAAAAAAAAAAAAAAAAAGUAAGUCGGACCUUUUUUUUUUGUUGCUGUCGUCACUUGUGUCUACUGGUGCUCCAUGAUUAAACAAUAUAUGUUAAUUACCAUAAGAUGUGCGUCUUAUGCAUUGUUAUGUAAAAAAAAACUAUAGAUGGCUUACAAUAGGUCUGAGCCAACAUAACAUGAGAAAAAUGGAUGCUUUCAUUCAACCUGCUGGUCCUGCAACUUUCAGUAGCAAAUGGCUUUUUUUUUUAUUGAUCCCUCUGACUGAAAAAAAUCUGACUUUACUCCCUUUCUGGAGAUAAAGCAUGCUGUGUGCUCCUGCUCUUAAAGGGGCCUUAUGGUGCUCUCCGUCUUUCGUACACUGUUCCCUCUGUGGAGGUCACACCUUGACUGACUCCAAAAGGCAUCUGCUCCCAUUUAUUUGGAGACAAGGUUCUGAAUUAAGACAAUAUCAAUCUGUCACGUUCAAUGUGGCCUCUUCACGACUUGGACUUGUUUAAGAGUCUCUCUGCUUUGGGCUUGGACGCUCUGGUGGAUUUGGGCUUCGCUCUUUUAAGAGUCACUGUAUAUUUCUCUGUGUCUGUAGUCUACAGUCAAGUAUUUACGGUAUAUAAAUGCAUAUACAUAUAUAUAUCUAUUUUCUUUGUAUGCAUAUAUUCAUUACUAUUUUUGCACUGACUUACUGAGAGAUGGAUUUUUGUUUUCCACAAAGGGUGCUACUAUACUGGAGGCCUUCUCCCACACCUUUUUUGCAUGACUUGCUCAAAAUUCCUCGACUGGUCUGUCAUCUCUCCUCCUUGAACUGUUGUAACUGAAGCACUGUAAUUUUGUAAUCCCUACUUGUGAGCUUUGAAAUAAAGAGGGAGGCUUCAAAUUUGG